GGAGGAGGAGGAGGGGGAGGAGGAGGAAGCCCUGCGAGCACGAAACCUAAUGAGAACUAUUCUCAGAUGUCAAAUCCUUAUCAGAUGUUUGGAGCCGUGACCAGCCGUCUUGCCUCACAAGGUACCGGACAAAUCCAGCUGUGGCAGUUUCUACUAGAGCUGCUGUCAGACAGUGCUAACUCAGGCAUCAUCACCUGGGAAGGUACGAGCGGGGAGUUCAAGCUGUCCGACCCGGACGAGGUCGCACGCCGCUGGGGCGAACGCAAAUCCAAACCCAACAUGAACUACGACAAGCUGAGCAGGGCCCUCCGCUACUAUUACGAUAAGAACAUCAUGACGAAGGUACACGGCAAGCGCUACGCCUACAAGUACGAUUUCCAGGGCCUGGCGCAGGCCUGCCAGCCGCAGAACAACGACCACAGCGCCUCCUACAAAUACCAGUCCGAGUACUACGGUCUGUCAAACUACCACGCCGCCACCAAGCUGCAGUCGUACUUCUCGCACCCGCCGAUCACGCCACCUGGCAACGGAUUUUUCCCAAAUCACGGCGCGUACUGGACGCCACCUGCCGGCAUGUCUAACCUCUACACAAACAUAUCGAGCGUGCACGCACAUCACCGGGCCAACGGGUUUACCGCCAGCCCUCACUCCUAUUACGGAUGAUGAUCAGGGGAAUACCCCGAGAUUCGUCGGUUUAUAUUGCCUCUAGCAUUCGCGCCUGUCGCCAUUGCAUCAAGUUGUGGUGUCGAGCCGCCGUGAGUGUGUGUGUGUGUGUGUGUGUGUGUGUGUGUGUGU